AUGGUAAGCUAUCCGAUCUCAAGCAAGGGGAAGCAGCCGGCCAAACCCGUAGCCAUUCGACUAGCUAAGACGAAGGCAACCGUGUCCGACAGUUGGGAUGAUGAUCUGAGUGACGACGAAGAAGAUAAUUGUGUUUCCCGGACUGGAGACAAUGCAGUUCUUGAUGGUCAAGGACUCUUGCAAGUUCUCCAGGCGUUCAAGAUGCUUCAGGUGGAAUUCAACAAAAAGCACAAAGCUAUGUGGGCGUGA